AUGUUUGUCUUUUUACUCUCGUUUACUCUAUCUACAGUAGAAGAGGAUAUUGAAAUGUAUGCUAAUACAGAAUUUGAUCCCCCUCUGCAUCUUGGAAGUAAAUUAUCAAAUCGAAAAGCUCUUGGUGAUACUAUUGAUGUAGAUGCAAUUCAAAAAAUCCUUUCAAGUAGAAGAAUACCAGUAACUGAAUCUGACUUAUUUACAAGAAAGCCUUUCAGAUUAAUCUUUGAUUAUGAUGAUGCUGUCUCCGGAGCCGACAAUUUUCAAUGUAAAUAUGUUGGCCAAGAAAUAGCAUGGUCAUUAAAUCCUCAAUAUACCUGCAAAGAAGAAGAUAUACUUACAGAUCAGAAAAGAGAAUCUCUUAUUCAAACUCUUAAAAACGUCGAAAAAUUUAUUUCGAAAUUCCUUAAAAUAAGGCAUUCUAAGAUGACUCUUACACCAUAUUUUUAUGGUGUAGAUAACUAUUUCAACCCACCAAAGAAAGAAUUCGAUGUUGAUCACUAUGUUGUGGUCUCUGUUCGCUCAUUUUCAGGAUUUACCAUUGCCGGAUCAUUAGUUACAGCUCAUGAUAACAAAACCCUUCGUCCUUUACAGUCCUCUAUCUUUAUAAAUCCAAGAUAUAUCCCAUCUGUACCUCAAGACUUCGAUUCUAUCCCUCGUAACUACUUCAACACCCUCUUCCAUGAGUGUAUGCACUCACUUGGAUUGAUAAAUGAUGAUUACUACCUUUGGUUUGACAAAAGAACAGGAAAAACUUAUGAUGCAAAGUCUUUCAUUAACUAUUUCCAUGUUGAUAAGUACAAUAAGACAUUCCUUCAAUUGUGCUCUCCGAAAGCUACAGAAGUUGCCCAGAAACUUCUAAAAAGAAAAACGAAUUGGGCUGGUAUCAAACAAUGCUUAGAAAUGGAAGAUAACGGUGGUCCAGGAACAAUAUACUCCCAUCCGAAGGCUACAAUCUUCAGACAGGACCUCAUGACAGGAACUGCUCCAAUUGAUGGAAAAUUAUCACCAGUUCUAUGCGCAUUAAUGGAUGACAUUGGCUUCUAUACAGUUAACUGGAAUGUCUGUGAAAGACUGUCAUGGAUUGACUCCUAUUUUUACACAGAUAAAGAAAUUCAUAAAAUGUCUGAGAAGCCAGCAAGAAGCGCGUUCCCUGCUUCGCAUUAUUACAAGCCAAACUCUUCAUUCCUUGCACACGAUUUACGAGGAUACACUGCUUGGGUCGAUAUUAAGAAAUACGACACAGAAAAGGACGAAAAGGAUAUUGUAAGGUACAAAGAUCUUUAUAUCCCAGAGGACAAAAUAAUUGGAAGUACAGCUACAUAUGAUUACUCUUUAAUUAAGAAUCCGAAAAUUACAUGUUUGAAGAACCAAUGGGCCAUGGCAGUCUACAAUGGAACAGGCGUUAUGGGAAUGUGCUCGGAGUCAUCGCUAGGCAAAAAUGGCGUGUUUACAUUUAAAGAUUUGAACGGAACUACUCAUACAUGUAAGAAAUCACAAGAAGUUAAGGUCGGAGACUAUAUUUAUUACUGUCCAGAUACAGAUCUCAUCAAGAAAGUUAUUGAUUUCCAAAAGAAACUUGGAGCUCCAUUCAGAGGCAAUCUUAUGAUGGGAGAUAAGAUUUUCAUCAUUGUCGUAUCUUGUGUCUUAGUUACAUUAAUUAUUGUUGCUAUGGUUUUCGCUUAUUGCAUCUACAUGAAGAAGAAUAAGACAAAUCCAUCAGCAAUUUUAGAGCUUUCUGAUAACAAGGCACCUCUUGUAUAA